AAAGAAUAAAUAGUCCAAAAUCUCUUGUCCAACUUUUUCAAAGAAACCCAAAAUCAUGGGCCGCAAGAGAGACAGACCCCACUUCAAUCGCCACGUCCCGUACUCCUUCCCCAAGCGCCGCCGUCCAACACCAGUCACCGACGAUCCAUUACCGGUGCCGGAAGACAACUCAUCGUCCACCAAACAACAGCCAGCUACUGUGGUGGUUAUUGGGGUUCCUUCUGAAUGCUCUGUGCUCGACAUUAAAUCUCGUUUUGAGAUUUAUGGAUCCAUCUCUCGAACUCGUAUGGACCCUAAUGGUCUCGCUCAUAUCACUUUCCGUUCCAAUGAUUCUGCUCAAUCUGCUGUUGAAGCUGCCGAAGAUUCAUCUUUCCCCAUUACUCUCCACUCCAAGCCUGUUCAGGUAAUAUGGGCAACUGACCAUGCAUUGCAGUGGAAAGAAGGUGUGAUGCGAAAGGAUGAACUAUCCACAUCAACGGUUGCAUCGAAGCUAGUUAAAGCAGAAGUGCCACUAAGUAGGCACGGAAGAAGUAAUCGACUGGGAUCAGCAAUUGUGAACCCCCGAGAUGAGGAUAAUGAUAAUGCUGGCGGUAAUGUUCGUGAACAUGUUAGUACAAGGCUGGUUGAGCCUUACAAGGGUAGGGAAAUUGUUGCCUAUGAUGAUAUUUUGUAACUUAAGGUCGUUGUUUGAGGGAUUGCCUCACUUGUAACAUUUGCUAUAUGGCUUUAGGUAAAUGUUGAGUUUUUAUUGCA